AUGGAUGGAUCGAUGGAUAGAUAGACUUCAAGUAUCUCAAUUAUAUCCAAUGUGGUCGCUCUAUAUUACUGUAGAGUACAGUGUGUUUAAUUCAGAAAUUAAUCAAGAAUGGACAUAGAAUUUGUGAUGGAUUGAUUGCAGUCCUGGAUUCAUGUGCUCAAACCCGAAUAUUAGGAAUUAUAGCAUGUGUUGCAUUUCUGAAAAACACGUAUUGUUUUUAGAAAGUUGUUAUUUUAUGCAAAUCUAAACUAGAGAUGCAUAUGGCCCUUGUAUCUAACAGUUAAUGUGAAAAGCAGGAGGCACUGCUCGAGGCAAAUGUAGAAUUGCGUUCUUGUGUUGUCAUGAAAAAUCGUUGACUAAACCAGAUCGAGAAGAUCAAUGGGCCCGUGUUGUUUUGCUAAUUUAACGUAGUGGUAAUUAGUUGCUAAAGACAACUUCUCAUUUAGAAUAAUUUGCAAUUCAUCGCCGUGUGUACGUAGAAUUGGUAUCAUGUCUUUACAGGAGCACUAAUAAAACAGAAUAGAGUUAUCUAUUCAUGUGUUGAACCCAAAGUAAGAUGGGCACAAGUAUACUAUUAAUAAAAUAGAAUUAGAACUACACUCAACUGAUUUACUAAACUAUUGAUUAAUUAAUGUUUUAAUAUUGUGUUAUGGAUACUUGCUGUCCAACUCAUCCAAAACUCAUCCACGUUUGAAAAAAAGAAUUAUUGUAGAACAUUAAAAAGAAAUUAAAUAUAUAAAGCAUAACAUUGAUGUAUGUAUUAAUUAUAUGUAAUACAAAUGAUUGCAUGAUUUAAUAACAUAAUUAAUAAAUAAUGUAGCUAUGUGUAGUAGCCUACAGUAAAUGUAUUGUUCAUUUUAAAACAAUAUACUACCAUUAAGCAUACCGUAAAUAAUAAUACAUAUUUUCGUGUGGGUUGAGGAAGUGCAAAACAAACGCUCUCCAGUCUGAUUGGACAGACUCGGAGAAUCCCCGCCCACAAACACUGAGGUUAUUUAAACCUGCUCCCGAAAGCGCAUCUCUCUAUGUUCAACACCUGCACGCUGUGGGAACUCCGCCAACAGCCUUCACAACUCGCCAAUGGUUGUUCAGGUGAAAACACGCAUUCGCCACAGCAGCAAAAGCAUGGAGGGCAAUCAGCAGAAAGUGGAGGCCAAUAUUUUGUUACUUGGAGCUGAAAACGUUGGAAAGUCUGCCCUAACCGUGCGCUUCCUCACGAGGCGGUUUAUUGGAGAAUAUGGAGAUAUAGAGUCAAUAUACAGCCACACUGACAAGAUCGACGGGCGUGAUAUUUGCUUCAACAUCUGGGACUCGCUUUGCCCGCAGAAUGGAGAGGAAUCAGGAUACAUCAGCGACAGACAGCUGCAAUGGGCGGACGGCUAUAUCCUCGUUUACAGCAUCUGUGACCGCGCCAGCUUCAAUGUGCUGCGGCAGCAAGUCCAGCGCAUACGGCAAGUCAAGCAGAAACCGGCCAGUACAGCUCCGAUUAUCAUCGUGGGCAAUAAACGAGAUCUCCAGCACCGGCGCGCGGUGUCCAGUGAGGAGGGUCGGCUGUUGGCGCUCUCGUCGGACUGCGGGUUUUUUGAGGUCUCCGCUGCUGAGACUUAUCACGGUGUCCUGAUGGUGUUUCACGAACUGUUUGAACUCAUCCGAGAGGCGCGGGCGCUCAAGAAGGGCCCCGCGGGGUUCAAAGGUAUCGUGAGGAGCAUGUCGGCGGUUUUUGGAAGGAAGCGGACAGAAUAAGUUAAUAUUCCCCCUCGAAGCGGAGGAAGAUUCAGUGUUAAACCCUUUAAUAAAUCCAUAUUGGAACAAAAGUCUUUAUUAUUGACCUCAACUGGAUUUUGCAAGUUGACAAUCUUAAGGGGCCGUUCACACAAGAUUUGUUCUUGCGUGCCGUCUGCACUGUACACAUACUUCAGAUGGACGUCUUUGGCCGUUUUGUCGUGUCUCGCGCCAUGAGCGUCGCAUUUUCAGGGUGCUUUUUCCUUAAUUCUAUUAUAUCCCAAUAUGCUAUCCAAUGUUUUUGACCCCAGGAAUGGUUCCUAUGUGUAGGGGGCGUUCACUCAGAACACGUUCUUGCAUCUAUCCACACUAUUAUUAUUUGAAAUUGUUGGUUUAUGCAGCUACACAUAAUAAACUUUUAUUUUGUAUAGCGCCUUUAAUAGUGGCUUCUCAAAGCGCUUUACAUAAGUAUGAACACCCCAAAAACAACAAAAUACACAUAACCAUAGAAUAAAAAUACACACUUAUACAAUAAAAGUUAAUCAAAAACUACGUAAACAUAAAACAUCAACUGAAAGCCAACUUGAAAAAAUGUAUUCUUGUACAUCUGUUUGUGCUCCUUCUAUCUGUUUUUGAACGCGUCCAAGGUGAACAGACCCUUAUGCUUGAAUGUUCUAAGAAUGUUCAAAUUAGUUCAGACAGAGCAACACUUUGUCGGUUUUUAAUUUAUGUUGUAAACUGUAAAUUCUCUCCAUGUUGGCAAUACUUUCAUUACACUGUAACUGAUAAGUGCAAUUGUUGGACAGAGAAUUUCUUCUUAGCUCGUUUGUCUAUGUAACAAAUUGAGACAUUUUAAAACGUGGCCUCCAACACGUAAUAAAUGAAAAUUGUAACAUUGUAGCAUUUUUUAGUAAAAUGUUGAGAGUAUUCACACUUUUUUGCUGUAAGUGUUGCAUACAGGUCACAUGAAAUGCUAAAAAGUGAAGAUCUUUGUCUACAAUCAUGUGUAUUGAAGUUAUGUGGUCUGCUUUCACCCUGUUUAUCCAUAGGUUUGCUAAAUAUAAUGUAUUUUAAAAUUCUUUAAUGGGUUUCGGGUCAUGCUCUUGGAUACACCUGUGUUACUUUCUGUUUAUAACUACCAAAUACAGAUUGUUGUACUGUAUAUGUUGUUAUUGCAGAAGCUUCUGAUAAUAUUGUUUUAUAAUAAAACAUGAGAA